AUGGUUUCUCCUGACCAAAUUGAACGGCUUUAUACCAGAUUUACGAGUCUUGAUAGAGGUGAUUGUGGAACACUUAGCAGAGAUGACUUUCUCAGAAUUCCAGAGCUUGCAAUCAAUCCUCUUGGGGAGCGGAUAGUCCAUGCUUUUUUUUAUGAAAGUGGAAGAGAUCGUAUAAAUUUUCCCCAAUUCAUGCAAGUACUAGCGUGUUUAAGGCCAAUCAAGCAGAUGACAGAUAACCACUUAAAUUCCCGAGAACAAAAAUUACGAUUUGCAUUCAAAACGUAUGACAUUGAUAGUGAUGAUUUCAUUUCCCGAGAUGAAUUACUUGCUGUGUUACAAAUGAUGGUAGGAGCAAUAGGAUCCAUAUUUCAGUCAAAGACCACGCUCACUCUGUUCUUGAAUGAUACAGAGGUUGAAAUAGAAGAAUCUAAAAUUACUCUUAAACGAUCAGGUCGUCAGCAAACGCUAGUACUCAUUUCUCAUGCGAGAAUCAAUCAUCAUAUUUGGCUUGGAUCUAUUGAUUUUUAUGUUGAGGAUAACAGUGAAAUGGUCACGAAUCAUUUAGAGAAAUAG